CCAGGAAUCUAUAAGAUACGGCCUUCUCUCCCUUCUGAUCCCUUUUCCCUAUCCAUCUUCCAUCCAUCUUACAUACCACUCUCAUAACUGCAUCUUGUCAAGAAGUCAAUCCAACCACUUACAUACAACUACCCAACCAACUUACAACCCAACUACACACAUAAGCAAACCAACUUCAGUCGUCAAGAUGCAGUUCUCUACUUCCCUCAUCGCUCUCGCUGCCACCGUCUUCUUCGGCGCUCACGGCGCUCCUACUGGCAAUGCCCACCGAGACAACGAUGUCGUCGGUACAGGCACCCCCAACCUCGUUAAGUAUGUUGGCGCCAGCGACAAAGACAAGGCCUUCAUCCCAGAGGGUGCUGGUGUGAUCAACACAGACAAGGUCGUCCCUCAACAGUAUCGCCCCAAGGCCAAACCAGUCAUCCCCAUCACCAAAGAGGGCGACGGCAAGGUCGACACAAACGUCCCCAUCACCAAAGAUGGCGACGACAAGACCAACGCAGGCAUCCCCACCAUCAAAGAGGGCGACGGCAAGGUCAACAACACAGACAUCGCAACCCCCGAGGCCCCCGACUCCUCAGUCGACGACUUCAUCCAGCACGGGGGCGCCCUCUGCCAGCACCAGCAGCUGAAACGUCGCGUCCUCCACGCCUACUCGCUCAAGGCCUACUCGGGAGUCGACGACGCCCCCAAGGUCUGCGGCGAUCUCUGGCACAACCUCAGACGCUUCCCUGGCUGCGCCGCCGCUUCGGACGCUUCCUGCCGCGCGGGUACCGACAAGGGCGAACUGAUCUGGCACUUCGUCGCCUCCACCUUCUGCAACGCCGGCAUGGUCCAGUCGGCCUGGUACGAGGCUACCCACAACGACUAUGGCGCCGCCGAGUGCAAGGAUGUGGAGCAGCUAGGCUUCCGUUAA